AUGUCAACUUCUAAUCGAUGCACCGAGUUUCCCGCACCAGGGCUUCGAAACCCAUUCCGCUAUGUUACCGGCCAUGAUAGUAAUGGCGAUCCAACAUUCCUACUGGUAAGUAGUACUCUUCCGAUCAAACCUCAAAGAUUCCCACUAAAGCCCUUCAAGACAGAUCAUGGCGACCACCGCGCUGUUAUGUUAGACGGUGAAGGCGCUCAAAGCAUCAUGUACAGCAGCAACAGCAACCCAGUGGAGCUCACCAACGAUGUCGACCUAGAAUUUGCCAGAAUCAACAGACCUUCUCUCCGCAUCCCAAAAGGCUGUGUCGUCCGCAUGGUAGACUUUGCGCCAGGUGGGGAGUCCAAUAUGCAUCGCGCUUUGUCUCUUGGGAUAGGAACUGUCUGCGAGGGCGAAGUUGAGCUGAGUUUGAGUAAAGACGGAAAAGUCAACCGGAUUCUUCGUCCCGGGGAUGUUAUCAUCAAUCGUUGUGCUAUGCAUCGCUGGAGAAACACAUCCACGGAGAAGCCGGCUCGCGUGCUCUUUGUUAUGCUGGAUGUUGAGCCGGUUUUUGUUCAUGGCAGGCCGCUGGAGUUUGAUAUGGGUGAGCUUAUGAAGGAGUAUGGUGACUAUAAGGAGGGGAAGGGCGCAAAUAAGAAAACGUAG